AUGGACUACGUAAAAUGGGCACGUGGCCAGGAAGGCCAAGAAUCCCGAGUGACGUGUUGGUCAAGCUAUCCGUUUUUGAUGAAUGCAGCUGCUAAAGGCGAGCUGCUGUACGUUGAGGCGGUUAUAUCAAUGCAGUUAACAGUGAGACGACCGCAUAUUGUACAGGAUACAAUCAAUGGACUUCUGUCAUCAGAUCGACGAUAUUUGCAGCGUCCUCUCAGGGUACAUUUCAUGGGCGAAGAAGCAGAGGAUGCCGGUGGCGUCAAGAAGGAGUUCUUCAUGAUUUUGUUCCAGAAACUUCUUCAGUCAGAGUACGGUAUGUUUGUUGAAGAUCCAGAUUCGCACUUGGUGUGGUUCAGUGAUAUGAGUGUGGAUAGAGAGUGA